AUGGUUGGGAUAAAGCUGCAUCGGUUUAACUUGGACGUGAAACCGGGGUCACAUCCGAAGUCGGAACCAUUGCGCGAGGCUGCCGGUCUGAAUGUGAAGCGAGUGCCUCAUCCAAAACCAUGGCAGCGAGUGGUGAUUGCCGACUCCAAUGUGAGGGUGAAAUCUCAUUCGGAGUCGUGGCAAGUUGUGGAGGCUGCCAGACUGUAUCUGCAUGAAGGUGGACAAACGUUGGACAUAUGUCGGGGGAUUCCUAUGUUGGCACUACUCCGUGGCGUGAAGAAUUCUCCAGGCAGUCGCAAUGUCGUGCCGAAGACACGUUCAGCGGUGGAACAUUAA